GCAAACUUCUGCCAGGAAAACAGAUAUUAGCUCUUCUGGGCAUGGGUUUUGAGCACACUGGCAGGAAUUAAAGCCAACCGAGAGAUAAAUCAGGCACUUGGUUAGUGCCAAUUUUUCUGUCUUUGUGAAGAUAUCAGAGCGGUCUGUGGAGUUCAGGUGAAUCUUGUGCAGUUCCGUUUUACAAGAUGGCAAGGCAGAUGUGAAGUCCCUCAUGGCGAAAUUCAAUACUGGUAACAACCCAGCAGAGGAUGUUUUAGUUAACAGUCGACCCUUCCGACUCCCAGAGCAAUCUUCAGGACUACAGGCUAGAAAAGCUGCGCUUGAGAAAUUUACCAGUCACGGGAAUGCAGGUCCUCCUUCUGGGCCCCACGCCUUCCCCAAGUCUGCAUCUCCUAAACCUCCUUUAGGAAUAAAACCUCCUAUUGAUGAUAAGACAGACAAGGAUCCAAAGCCUCCAUAUUUGAAACAUAACCCAGUGGCACACAGGUUUGGGACUCCACCUCAUGCAGCUAACAGAGAAGAUGAUGGAAGACCUGGAUUCCCCAAGCCUUUGGGGUCCAAGCCUAGUGACCUGGGAAAAGAGGAGCCAAAGCCAGUGUUUCCCAAACCUCCUGGAAACAAGUACCUUGGCUCAAACACCCAGGACCAUGACUUCAAGCCUGUGCUGGGGCCUAAGCCACCUUUGAAUUCUGUACCACAGCAUGAGAGUGAGCCAAAACCUGUGUUCCCCAAAAUAGCUGGGAAAAAAGAGAAGUUUGCUGCUGUACCACAGGAAAAUGACCCGAAGCUUCCUUUUCCCAAACCACCUCUUGGCCAAAAACCUCCUCUGGCCCCUGAUACCUCCCACAAUGAAGACACAUCCAAUAGAAAUGUUUUUCUGCAUAAGGGACCUCCAGGCCAGAUAGGCCCCAGACCAAAAGGUCAUUCAUUUAGGACAGCAAAGGAAACAGAGGAAAAUAGCAAUAACAGCCCAGAUUCUCCAGCUGGCCAUUUUCCCAAUGUGGCUCUGAAACCUGUUCGCGAUCGGAUUGCUCUGGCUCCGAGCAUCCCAAAAACUGGUGAGGAAAAGACUGAAGAAAAGAGGACUGGUAUUGCCAAGAAUAUUUUCCUCAGUAAAAUGAACCAGGAAGAUUCAGGCUCAAUUCCCCCUAAAUUCCCUAAGCCAGCUGUCAGGCUUGCUGCAGCAGGACCGUCAAGCAGCUUCAGUGAAAAAGAAGAUGGGGACAAGAAUUCAACCACCCCGAAACGGAAAACAUUGCCUCCCACCUUUACGGUGGGUCCUGCUCCUCAAAAGCCCAGCAGACCCCCUAAGGUGGACCUGGAACGAUUUCGGAGACAUACUACAAAAGACAGCCCUAACAAAGAACUUUGUAAGCAGGUGUUUGCACCAUCAGCAGCGCUGUCCCCGCCUGCACCUCCACCACCACAUUCAGUAACACCGACACCAGUGCUGCCCCCUCCUCCUCCAGCUUCCCACCCAUCAGCCCAGGCACUGCCAGCCCCCAGUCUACCUCCUAGAAACAUCAAAGCCAGCACCGAGACAACAACUCCAGACAAUGAGCAAAGCUAUGAUGAUGUUGAAUUUGGGUCAGAUGGUCAUGGAAAUCCAGAUGGGGAUCAAGAAAGCGAUGGAGAGAUGUAUGAAGACAUAAAUGACAUGAGAGCCUCAUCAAAAGAACAGGAGAAAAAGAAAGAGAAGGAAGAAAAGAAAAGAUUGGACCAGGAGAAAAAAGAGCAAAAGGAAAAAGAAAAGAAAGAGCAAGAAAUCAGAAAGAGAUUCAAACUACAAGGACCCAUCCAAGUUAUUCACCAGGCACAAGCUUGCACAGACUACAAGGGAGGGAAGAAUGAGCUGACUGUCAAACAGGGGGAUCAAAUUGAAAUCAUCCGCAUUACAGACAACCCUGAAGGAAAGUGGCUGGGCAGGACAAAAGGAUCUUAUGGUUACAUUAAAACAACCUUGGUGGAGAUUGACUAUGAUUCAUUAAAAAGAAAACAAAGACCUUCCUUCAGUGCUACCAUGAGACAUGGAGAUAGUGACCAAGAAGUAUAUGAUGAUGUUGGAGAGCAGGACAGUAGCAGCAGUGGUGGUCAAAGUGGAAGUGGACUGAUGUUCCCACCUCCUCCCAGUACACAAGAAAUUUAUGAAGGAAUGGAGGAUGAAGAUGUUAACAUUAGGUCUGUAUCCCAGGAUGAAGAAAAGAGUGAUUCCUGGUCGUGGGGGCUUUUGAAGAUGAUAAAGGGCAAAGAUGACAAAAAGAAAGGUGCACGAGAGAAAGCCAAAGUCAAUGAGUCAGAAGAUAAUGGAGGUUCCUUCAUGUCUCCUUCAGCAAAGCAGGUUGCAAAAGAUUCAGGGGGAGACAGUGAUGUUUAUGAUGAUGUGGAUUCAUCAGACUUCCCUCCUCCACCAGCAGAAAUCAGUUCGACAAUAUUUAAGAAGUCAUGGAAAACUGCAAGAGGCAAAUCUGAUGAGAAAGAUGCACAGAAGUCUAAAAGGAUGGAAAAGGAGGAGAAAGAGUUGAGAAAAAAGUUUAAAUUUGAAGGUGAUAUUAGAGUUCUUUACUGCACUACUGUUGCCCUGGAUUUGUCUUCUAAAAAAUGGGGAGCAAAAGACUUACAAGUGAAGCCAGGGGAGUCGGUUGAAGUUAUACAAAGCACAGAUGAUACCAAGGUCUUGUGUAGGAAUGAGGAAGGAAAAUAUGGAUAUGUCCUCAGAAGCAAUUUAGUUGAGAAUGAUGGAGAGAUCUAUGAUGAUAUUGCUGAUGAUUGCAUCUACGAUAAUGAUUAAUCCUGAAUUUUGUUAAUAUGCAAGCUUCAUUGACAAUUAAUGCCUACUGUUGAUUUCUGAUUGGCAUUAAAAAUCACCAAAGCUGAUUGUUUACAAGUUAAUAGGUGGCUACUCUGGUACUUGGUACAUAUGUGAAGUUUUUGUUAACAUGUUUAGACCUCUAAAUCUUUGGUACCUAUUGUUUUGACUGAUAUUUCCUUGCUGUGAUAACUGCUGGGUAAUAUGAAUGACAGGUGAAGUUUUUACCGUGUGUGUCCCUUCUGCCUCUGCCAUCCUACGUGGGGCCAUAUAAAACAAUUCAUCAGUAAAAUUUACCAGUGAUGCCUAUUCAGUGUGAACAGAGAUAUGUGGAACACUAUAUUCUGAUUACAAGAAUGAGACAAAAACACCUGCAAUGACUGCUCUUUUUGGGAAGGAAAUUAUUGAUAAAAAUGCCUGUCAGUAGUGAUGGGAUCACUGUUGUAAAAACUGGAAAUCAAAGCAAGCAUCAAAGAAGCUCAUAUAUCCUUGAACUGCCAUUCCAAUUUUACUUGUGAGGGUGACAGUAAGACACAGCUGUGUUUUUCUACAGCUAAAAUUUUAGAUUAUGGUAAUAAUAGAUUAUAGUUUUCUAAACCUUUUAAAAAAUAUUUCAUAUGUACUUUUGAACUAAUUAAUACUGCAAUAAUAAAUAUAAAUUAAAUGUUUUUGUAUGUCUUAUGUAUAGUGCUCUGAGAUACAAGCAACAAAUGAUUCUAUUUAACUUUGUAGCAUAUUGAUGUAAUCUUCCAAAUAUUUAGCCUAAAAUGUAGCUCUUUGAUUAAUUGUCAAGUUAAUAUUGUAAUUUAGAGAUGAAAAUUGACUUAAACUUGUGGGAAAUAGCCUCUUGUUUUAAGAUUCUGAUAAUAAAAUAUCUCCUUUAAGUAUUGCUUUCUUAUUCUAGAAACAUGUAAAUGAAGAAGUACAACUUCACUGUAAUAAAAACUUUUCCUACGACAGUGUCAACAUCUUUAGUGAUGCCGUUAUAUAAAUGAGCAGGUUGUAAACUGAAAUCAAAUGAACCAUGAACCAUUUUUUUUCCCCCACUUAUUUGCAUAUCUGAGAUCUGUUGAAAAUACAAUAUCAACAAUGGAUUCUGAAUAUAGUAGAGCAAAUAUUUAAAAGAUGACAUUUUAUUUGUAGCUUCUACAUUCUUAUAUUGGCAGUUUUAUCUAGCAAAUAUCUAUGUAGAGAGAGGUAGGUAGCCUGAAGUCAGACAGAAGGCAGGGGAGGGUGGCAUCUUAGAGACUAACUGGUUCAAAGAGGCAUGUAGGCUAAGAAAAUAAUACAUUGUCUACAGAAACUUAUGCUUCUCUAAACCAAAUACUAAUGCAGUUCAGUCAGCACAAACAUAUAAUCUGUAGACAGAUUAUACUGCUCCCAUCUAAAACACAAGAUGUUUACUGUGCAGCUGCCUAAUUAGCUCCACAGUAAAGUCUCAGCAUCUACAUGAGUGACCCUAUUAGGCAACGGAAAACUAACUCCACUGCAGGUUAGUCCUUGUAAAUACAAGUAUUAUCCUACAACGACAUUCUUUAGUGCACAGCAAUGCACAUGUAGACACUGACAGGUCUGGCUGAGGCAUCAGGGUGUUUCAGUGCAGGGCAGCCUGCCACCUAGCCCCAUACUGAGGCACCCUCAUGCCCCAGCCAGCCCCUCUGUAACAUGUUGAGCUGAGUCAGAGUAGCCUUGGGCUGGCAGGCUGACCCCCCCCAGGUCCCUGCCAGCCAGGGCUGCUCCAGCCCAGCUCAAUGUGCUGCCGUCCCAGGCACAUGUGAAGACUCUGGCGUGAUGUGUGUUGGAGCUUAUUCAUUCGCAUUAAUUUCACAUGUAGACGCUCCCAUACUAAUGCAAUUUACCCAUGUUGAAACUGAAGCAUGAUACACCAGUGCAAGUCAAAUCUCAUUACAGUUUAGACUGCAUAACCUAGGUGAAAUCUUGGACAACAGAAAUCAGUAGGGCUGCCUAUACAAGUGCUCUAAGUUGAGUUGGGGGCAUUUUAAUUGGAGCCUAGGCAGCCACUCUAAUAAAAACAGCUUGCCAUCACGGCCCCACCCCUGCAUUUCAAAGUGGCUGUGGGUGUGCUUUAACUAAAGCUCAUUUGACAAGGUUUAGUUAAAAUGCUCCUGUGGCCAUUUUUAAAUGUGGGGGCACUUAAUACAUGUGAUGGUGAGGCAAAGCUAGAGCGUUCCAAUUAGAACACGAACAAGCACAUCUAUAGGCAGCCAAGGAGUUUUGCCAUUGACUUUAUCAGAGUUAGAAUCUCCCACUAGGGUGUGUACCAGGAUUAUUACACCUGUGGUUUAUCCAUUGAUAGUGCUAACCACAACAGAUCUCCAGUAUAAUUCAAAAUUAUGAACAAUUUAUUUCAAUGCAGUUAUUAGCAGUUUGGUAGCAAAUGUUCUCUACAUUAAAACUAUAUUCUGUAAAAUGUAAUCCAGAAUAUACUGACAAUCACAGAUUUGGAUAAUAAACCAGAGCCAAUUUUGAAGUUGUGUUAAUAAGCCAGGGCAUCUAGUUCUAUAGCUUGAUGUUCAGACCAACAUAUAUAUAUGCAAAUACCUAUUUUAAGUAUUUAAGCACUGGUGUCAGCACCCAGAUUUGAAAUGUAACCUCUGUACUUUCAGUACCAUGAAGGCUAUUUAGCAGCAGCAAUCUGUUUUGUUUCUUUUUCAAGUGUAUUUCAGGGAUGUGCCAGAGGGCUGAGCUACAGUUCAGACAUUAGAAUGUAAAGGCUACCUGCCAGCUAGUGAACAGGCCAAAUAUCUUCAUUUCUAUUGACCCUAACAUACUAACAAAAAAGUUUAACUUAUAGUCUGUGUAAAUGUCUAACUUUUCUCCCAUUGCAUCAAUGGUAAAAUUGCCCAUGCUUUCAAUAGAGGCAAAAUCAUGCUUGGACUUUUUUGUGUGUAAAAUUUACCCCCAUGUAGAGAGAAGCAGGAUUUGCACAGAACAGAAAUCACUUCUUGUCCUCUUGUGCCAAGGUAAAUUUCACAUUUUGUGAGACUUCUGGUAAUACUUUUUAAUGUUUUUUACGAUUUCUGACUACCAACAAUAUGGAGCAUAACCAUAACAUGACAAAUGGAGAUAUUAUAUUACCUCAUAGAUCAUAAUGCAGUGUAAGUAAUACAGUCUUAUGAAAUGUAUCUUAUGAUUCUAUAAGUUGAAAAUCACUGGAGUCAUUUAUUAAAGUACAAUGUGGAUCAUUAUGAAAUGUGACUGAUGCAGACUGAUGAAAUAGAUUAUAGACUAUUAUAAACUGCAAGUCCUUGGAGUUAUUUACUUUUAUUUUGAUUAUUUCACCAAUGGCAUUUCCUAGAUGCAAUAUUUUUUCUUCUAAAUAAAAGUGUAUAUUUCCAAUAAAUAUGUGAAUGCAUUGUCUCAUACGAAAACAGAAGAGUGGUGUCUGAAAAUAACUUCUGAAAAUUGCUGUUGAGUAACAGUAUGAAAGCAAAUGUUACUAAUGUUGUGACAGCACAUAACUACAGGUGUGAUCUUACUUUGUUAGCAAUGAUUUUUAGAAUACAAAAUGUAAGUAGAAAAUUUUCAAGUAGAAAAGUCUAUGCUUAUAUAUUAUUGAAAAUCAUAAAGUAUGGAACAGUUUAAUAAAGAUGAUGUCUUGGG